UAGACUUGAAGUUGAAUUUUUUAUUUCUAUCUAUUUUGUCCAAAGUUUAAUCCAUAUAAUGCAUACAAAUCUUUCUUCGAAUGCCUCAAAUGUGAGUGCAACUGUAACUGCAACUGCAACUGCAACUGCAACUUCCUCUUCCUUUCCCUCUUCCUCUUUGAAGAGGAAAUCAAAUGAUGUGGGAUGGGAUUAUGGAGAACUCAGUGAUUCAAAAGGUUUCAAUGCUGUAAAAUGCAAAUUUUGCAGAAGUAUAUUCAAAGGUGGCAUCUAUAGAUUAAAUUGUCAUCUUGCUCAUUAUGGAACCAAUGUUAAGAAAUGUCAGAAAGUUUCAAAUGAAGCUAAGAAAAGAUGUUGGGAAGCUUUGGCUUGGGUAAAGAUAGCCAAAGAUCAAAAAGCACAAGAAUUAGCUGAAAUAAGAGAAGUUGUUGUUAAUUCUCUUAAAAUGCAACAAGGGAUGAAAAUAGAUAUUGAUGCUAUUGAUAUACCUUUUCCACCCUAGCAAAGUUAUGGGACCAAUGCUACACUAUGUUAAUGGAACUAGAAUUGCAGUGAUGAGAGAUGAGGCAAACUAAUCAAAUGUUAUACAUGUACACAGCUCAUGCAUUGAAUGGUAUUUCAUCUGUCAUUAUUCACUAUCAGUUACUGUUUACUAUUAGUUACUGUAGCAGUUAACAGAAAAGUUUGCAGUGUGAAAAAUUUGUUAAUUGAAAAACAAAUUCUCACUUGAAUAAUAAGAAGAAUAUAAAAGAUUUAGAGUAUU